AUACUGACGUAGCCUUUUAUGAAAUGGCACGUUUUAAACAGCAUUGGAAACUGCUUCUGAUGCUGAGUAGCUUAGGGCCUGUCUGUAAAAUAAUUCUCGUAGUCCAAUUCUCAUUGGACAUGCGGGGCCAAAUCCUAUUGGGCUUCUGAAGGGCUGGAUGCAGAGUUUACUCUUCUCUUGCUUCCCAUGAAAGACAUAAUGUAUUUACUGGAAUAUAACCCGCCCUCUUUAUGCCAUUUAUGGGAAACACGUCACUCAGAGUUUAUCAGGCAGUUAAUUUAUAACAGGCAAAACCAGAUGAUCACUCUUUGGAAGAGUAAAUAUUUGUUGAAAAUCUUCUAUAUGGGACAGUCACCUUCACGUGGUUUUUAAACAUCGUUGAUUAAGUAACAGAGAAACUACCUGAUAGGAGGAAGAUAGGGAAAAAAAAAGCUCAUUAUCAGAUAGCAACAUGAAAAUCGGAAUUUAUCUUCUUCUUUUAUGUGAAGUAUGUUUUGAAAUCAGCAAGGCUGACAUCAAAUCUAAAUUUCCAAAGAAGGAGAAGAGGCUGAAUUUCUUAGGAAGAAAUAAAAAUGUCAGUAUUUCUGAAGAAUGGCUUCAACAUAAAAAUGACUCUAAACCUUUAGAAGAGCAAGAUCUUGAAGAGUUUACUCUUCACAAUUUCACUGAAAAGACAGCAAAUUUUGGAUUUAAUCUCUACCGAAAAAUUGCAAUGAAACUUGAUAACAAUAUAAUUAUCUCUCCCCUUUCUGUAUCAACUCUCAUGGCUACAUAUUUGCUGGCAGCCAAAGGGGAAACGCACAGACAAAUAGCAAAAGCUCUAAACCUGCAUGCUUUGAAGGACAGAGAUCAUCGUUAUUUACCAGCAUUGUUUAAACAACUGAAAGAUAACAUCACAACAAAUGAAGAACUUCUCUUUGUGCAAGGUAUUCUUUCUUUCAUCCAAAAGGACUUUGUAGUCAAGGAAGGUUUCCUCAAUUUAUCUAAGCAGUACUUCGAUAUGGAAUUCCUGCAUGUAGACUUUCAAAACAUCACACAAGCAAAGUUUGUUAUAAAUCAAAACAUUAAAAAAAGGACCAAAGGAAAAAUAUCAGAGCUUUUUGAAGAAGCUGACCGACAUUCUAAACUGCUACUUUUGGACUACAUUUUUUUUAAAGGAAAAUGGCUCUAUCCAUUUAAUUCAAAAUUCACAGAAAUUGAAACUUUCCACAUAAACAAAUACAGAAGUGUGCAAGUACCCAUGAUGUUCAAGUCAGAUAAAGUAAAUUCAACUUUUGAUGAGAAUUUAAGGUGCAAUGUGAUAAAACUACCCUACAAAGGCAAAGCCUACAUGCUAAUUGUCAUCCCAGAAAAGGGAGAAGAUUAUGUUUCACUUGAAGACCAUUUGACAAUGGAGCUUGUGGAAUCCUGGCUUGCAGACAUGAAGAGCAGAAAAAUGGAUAUUUCAUUUCCAAAGUUCAAACUAGAACAAAAAUACAAAAUGAAGAAAUUGCUUUAUGCUCUUGGAAUUAAAAACCUCUUUGCACGUACAGCAGAUCUUAGUCAUCUCACAGAUCAAAAACACAUAACAGUCUCACAGGUUGUCCAAAAGGCAGUCAUUGAAGUGGAUGAAAAAGGAACUGAGGCCACAGCAGCUACUGGGUCUGAAAUAAUUGCAUUCGCAGCACCUCCUAUCAUUAAAGUGGACCGACCAUUUCUUUUUAUGAUAUUUGAAGAAACUUUUAAAACUUUACUUUUCAUUGGCAGGGUGGUUGAUCCAACAGAAAUGUGAAUAAAAGUAAUCGUUUUUAUUGUGGUAUGUAAGAGGCUUUAAUUUUAUUUUCUUUAAACUAUUAUUUACAUUAGAAUAAAAAGCAAAGUAUGAAAAUGUGAAAA